GGCAAACAAGAGAAGCCAAAAACACCCAAAGCACUCCACUAACUGCUACCAAGCAUUGCAUAAGCACCUUUUACCGAACAGAAACAGCAGGAGAAGACCAAAAUGGCUCACAAACCUAAAAGAGUAAUAAGUAACCACUAGCACCUUGUAUGACACCCAAGGCAACUCUUCACAAAUCCGCUUCCAUCCACCAUCAAACUAUAUCUCCACUAAGCAGAAAUCCAAGGACACUGUCUCAACACCACUGCUCAAGACCAAAAAAUAGUAAACCGUGGUUCAAAAACCCCAAAUAUCAUCAGAAGUUUGAGAUAUCUCAGAACGAAUAGGGGAUGGAGGGCGUCUACGCCUAGCAAGUCUGAGACUUCUUCUAGGAGCAGGGGGGCUAGUUCCUUUAACGCAUCCCCUCUCAAAGAUGAUCCGACCUUGAUCAUUAUUGCGAAUUAAGGCAGUAGUAAGUCCCUUUGGUCCUCCCCUGCGCUGGAGAUGGUCAUCGGGCUCGAUACCGUCAUCCGGGUACCACAUUCUUGUUGGCUCCGGGUCAGGGUCAAACUCCACAUUAUCUCUGAAGAAGGCUUGGAAUCUUAUAGAACGUGGAGCCACACUCUCUGUCAACCAGAUUAAAGAUGGAGUUAAAACCUUCAAGCCUGGAUUCAGAAAUUCUAAUGAAAUUGCCCCAUCUGUUGGAGCCAAAGAUGAUGGAGAGUUUCCGGUUCUUGCUAAACCGAGUAAAUUUCCAUGGACUUUUUUUGAGUAAAGCGGGCAAAAUCUCAAUCAACCAUUUCAGAUCCUCAUUACUAAACCAAAUAUUAUGAAUUCCACGCCCAAUCUCAGUAAUACAAAAAUUCAGAUUGUAAUGAGAAUGAAAGAAACGAAAGAUCUUAGAUUGAAUGUGAAAAGAGUGGUAGCAAUUGAGGCUGUUUGCAGGUUUCUCAAAAUCCUUGGAUGACCUGAAAUUUUGAUCCGGACAUCGAAUACCUGGAAAUGACGUCCUCUUUCGCAACGAUAUUGAUCGGCGGUAAGGAUUGCCACCGAAGAUAUGAGAGUGCGAUUCAUCCUUCCAGUGGUGUGAAUUCCAGCCUUGCCUAUACCCAGAACAUCUAGGGUUCUUACGAAUCCAGCGGCUGCUCUCAUGGCUAGCUUGAGACGAACGAAAAUGGUACCUAGAUGUAUCGUGUUUAUACCGGAAUUGAGGUGGUCGACGAAGAUCCCCAAAUUCGCCAAUAUGGCCAGCACUCAACAGAAUGCGCAGGCUGGACGUGCAAUCCAAAAACCAAUUCUCCAAUCCUCUCCCAGGCACAAGAAACCUGAAGGUCUUUCAGACCAUAAUGAAAUGCAAUGUCAUAGUGCCCCAAAACCCGAGCUCCAAAAAUCUCCCAGGCUUAAAAGAAAAGAUUGGCCAAGCACUUUGACAGUGGUGCAGGCAUUGAGUGGCUCAAGGUCAAAGAACAUGCAAAGCCAUUCUACUCCCUUGCCCGUCACCCCAAAGCCAAAGCCUAUAUCUGACAAUGUACAAAAACUGAUCAAGCAGAAGAGAAAGCGAGAAGAAGGACAACCGUAUGGUGUGGCUGCUGCAGAGAUGCAAUCUUAUUUUGGAGUUUUGGCCAGGACAAAAGCUCCAAUAUGGUUUGACACUUGGAGGCAAGUUCCGGUAACCAUCAAGAACAAGAUUUGGAAAUCUGUCACGUUGGGGUUCGACCUACCCCCUUCUGCACAAAAACUUGUGCUGCAGUCGGUGAAUUCGAUGUGGAAACAAUUCAAGAGUACCCUGACAUGUAAAUAUAUUCUUCCCUUUCGAGAUGAACCUGAGAGGCUGAGGACUCCACUAGAGGACUUCUCUUUCUUGGAGAAGAAUCAUUGGGAUAUUUUUGUUGCUGAUCGUCUAAGCCCCGAGUUCUUGGAGUUCUUAAGGGAACAAGUAUGUUCUGGUGUGCUUACUGAAGAAGGUGAUGAUGAUGUAUUGGCCAAGGCUCUUGGGAAGCUGACACAGUGGAAGAGUGCGAGGUCAAGGAAUGCAUGUGUAUGGAUCUCCCGGAUGGAUGACCUCACCUUACAUGGUGAAAGACUGGGUGAAGAAUAUGCAAAGGUGUCCAUUAGAGAAGCAAUAAAAGAUGUUGACAUUCCAGUCCCAAUCCCCGGUGAAGUACUUACUGUUGAACAAGCCAAAGGAACUUUUGUAGCAUGGCCUAAGGAGCUGAUAGUCUUGGAUGUGCUUCCUAAAGGAAAGAUGAUCUCUUUCGUGGAUCUCGGCAUGGUAGGGACGCUUGCAUGUGGGAACAUAGGGCAGAGGUCACGCAAGCUUGCUGAUCGCUUUAAGGGGGCCUGUGUUCGACAACACUUUCUAAUACCGUUCAAUGACGUGAAUCAUUGGGCUUUGACUGUUGUCAAACCUAAUGAAGAGGUAGUGUACUACAUGGACCCCCUUAAACGGCGUAUAGAUAGUCAGGAGUGGACUAAAGUGGUUGAUAAUGCUAUAGUUUUGUACAAGAGUACCAUGAACACACCUAUGUUGAAGAAGAAAGUGUCCUGGGAGAACAUGGCGGGCAUCCCGAUGCAAAAAGGGAGUGUAGACUGUGGCUUGUUUGUAAUGCGAUACAUGACAGAGAUCUGUCACGAUAAGGAGGUUCAAUUUGCUUCAAAGGUAAUAUUGUUGUCUUAAAUGUAGUUUUUCUUGUUUCAGAUGGUUCACACUAAUUGUGCCUUUCUCUUAUUCUGGGGAUAUAUACUGUAUUGUAUGUUAUCAUACCAUUACUGAAUUGCAAAGUUUGAAUUGCAUGUCGCUUUUAUGUGUUCUCUAUUAAGUGCUUCUUUGUAUCCGUGUAUCAUUUAGGAGUGUGUUUUUUAGUUUGAAUUUCUGGAUAAAUAAUGCAAGUUCUGCUAC